UUUAGCUUGUUUGUUGAAAAGUGGGGAGCAAAUACUCAACUGAGAAUUUGAAGCUGGAGCUUUGAAAAUCAAUGGACUCUUGAGUCAAUCAGUCUGGGCUCGUCCUCAACAAUCCGAAUUUCAAUUUUCAGCAUUAGGGUUUUUGUCACUGUGGAGCUUCACGGCGUUGAUCGGCGAUGGAUGUAGGAGAAGGUACCGUGCAGGAAAUUGUGCCACAGAAGGAGAAAGAACCUACAGAAGAUGAGAAGAGGAGACAGAAAAUAGCGCCUGGAACUUUGAUGAAGGCAGUGGUGAGGCCUGGUGGAGGUGAUGCAACACCUUCAGAUAAUUACCAGGUCGUAUAUCAUUAUACUGUUAGAACAUUGGAUGGAGUUGUUGUUGAAUCUUCCAGAUCUGAAUAUGGAGGCAAGGGUAUCCCAAUAAGACAUGUUUUGGGCAAGAGCAAGAUGAUAGUGGGAUUGCUAGAAGGAAUUCCAACAAUGUUGAAGGGUGAAAUUGCAAUGUUCAAAAUGAAACCUCAAGUGCAUUAUGGUGAGGAUGACUGCCCAGUUGUAGCUCCCAGUAGCUUUCCAAAGGAUGAUGAACUUCAUUUUGAAAUUGAGAUGAUAGAUUUCUUUAAAGCCAAGGUCAUUAGUGAUGACUUGGGAGUUGUAAAGAAGGUAAUAACUGAAGGUCAGGGUUGGGAAUGUCCAAGGGAACCUUAUGAAGUCAAAGCCUGGAUAUGUGCAAAGACAGGUGACGGAAAAGUGAUUGUUACACGUACUCAAGGCGAGCCAUUUUUCUUUAAUUUUGGAAAGUCGGAGGUACCUAAAGGUCUUGAGAUGGGAAUUGGUACAAUGACACGUGAAGAGAAGGCAGUAAUAUAUGUCACCAGUCAGUACUUAACUACAUCUCCUUUUCUGCCUGCGGUAGAAGGUCUAGAAGAAGUUCAUUUUGAAGUGGAACUUGUCCACUUUAUUCAGGUGCGUGACAUGCUUGGGGAUGGGCGUCUGAUUAAACGGCGUAUUCGUGAUGGAAAAGGUGAGUUUCCCAUGGAUUGCCCUCUUCAAGACAGCCUACUACGUGUCCAUUACAAGGGCAUGCUUCAAAAUGAAGAAAAGACAAUCUUCUUUGAUACAAGGGUUGAUAACCAUGGUCAGCCUUUGGAGUUCUGUUCUGGAGAAGGCCUCGUGCCUGAGGGAUUUGAAAUGUGUGUUCGUUUGAUGGUGCCUGAAGAGAUAGCUCUCGUCACAUGUCCUCCUGAUUAUGCAUACGACAAGUUCCCUAGGCCAGCUAAUGUUCCUGAAGGUGCUCAUAUUCAAUGGGAAAUCGAGCUUCUUGGUUUUGAGAUGCCAAAGGAUUGGACUGGUUUGAACUUUCAAACAAUAAUGGAAGAAGCAGAGAAAAUUAGAAACACGGGAAACAGGCUAUUCAAAGAAAGAAAGUUUGAACUUGCUAAGGCAAAGUAUGACAAGGUGCUACGGGAAUUUAAUCAUGUUAAUCCACAAGAUGAUGAGGAAGGGAAAAUAUUUUCAAAUACAAGGAAUUUGUUACAUCUGAACGUGGCUGCAUGCUACCUGAAGAUGGGAGAGUGCAGAAAAUCCAUAGAGACAUGCAACAAGGUUUUAGAAGCAAACCCUGGACAUGUCAAGGCUCUCUACCGGCGAGGAAUGGCCUACAUGACAGUUGGAGAUUUCGAGGAAGCAAAGAGUGACUUCAACACGAUGAUUAAAUUUGACAAGUCAACUGAACCUGAUGCAACAGCUGCUCUUCUAAAAGUAAAGCAGAAGGAACAGGAAGUGGAGAAGAAGGUGCGGAAACAAUUUAAAGGACUAUUUGACAAAAAGCCAGGGGAAAUUGCAGAGGCUGGAACUGAAGAUGUAGACGAGACUGCAGGUGAAAUCCACAAGAAUGAUGAUAAGGAGGAUUCUGACGGUGAUCAUUCAGACGAAUCUCAUGAAACCGCAGACGAUGCACCUAGAACUUCUUGGCUUUCUCGCCUCUGGCCCAGACGACUACUCGCAGCCCUUGGGCGGCCAGGAUGCACCAUUUUGUAAUCACACGUCUCUUCUUAAUGUUUUUAAGUCGGGAAUUGUUAGUUUUUGAAGUUGCAGUUCAAUGGUGUUCCGGCCAUUGGCCUCACCACUAGUUUAAUUAUAGAUGGGUUUAUAGUGAAAGGUUCAAGUGUUUGUAACCAAUUGUAGACUACAGAGCGAAUAGAAAAGUCCAAAUACAAACGUUAAAUCAUGCUUCUUACUAUACUCCACAAACAGUGGAAAUAAAAUUAGUUUAAUUUCUUGCAU